CCCAAUGUCCGCCCCGGCCCGUGGCUAGGUGGCCGUGCAUGACGCUGUCUAACCCCGAACUCCCUCUGCUUGGAGAUGCUGAAAUGCGUGGGGUUGGUCCAUUCCGUCUACCUGCAGACGCUUACCGGCUGUUGGGCCGCGAUUAGCUUCCUUGACCAGCCUCACUGUGUCUAUCUCCCCCCUCGUCUCUGCUCUUCGGGUAUUAUGUCAUGGAGGGUUUGUCUCACGCCUCAUCCAAUCUCCUUCGCGACGUGGCGCCAGUGUCACCGGCUAGGAGCCUCUGAGCGCGAUAUUCAUCCCGGACGUCUUCAGAAAUCUGACAGCUCUGACUCGCCCGGGCCUAGUGGUGGGUCACAUGUAGGUGGUGACUCUCGAGAGGUGCUGGUUGGGCGGCGUACCUCUCUGUUUUCGGCGUAGCUAAACGUCCAUCCAACUCUCGGUUCUGCAUGGAGAGACUUUUCCCUUUCAACUCCAUCCGUUGAACCUCUCAAUCCACUCAAACCCCUCCCCUCCUGUCUAUUGCCGGAGUCGCGAGCUUUCACCGUCUGCAUAUCCCCAUAGGCCGUGUCCAUUUGGCUUGUUCUAACCAACUACA